AUGUUGGCGAGGCUCAUGGCGCGGCUCCGCGGCGGCGAGCGCGGCGGGCGCCGGGCCUGCUACGGCAUCGCGGCGACGUGCGCGUGGCUGCUCCUCUUCUGCGUCCUCGCCGUCGCCCUCGGCAGCGCCUGGAAGGCCUUCGCCUUCGCCAGCCUCGCGCUGGUGGCCUUCGGCGCCGUCGACCACUUCGCGCCCGACACCUGGUGCGGCGGCGCGGGCGCGUCGGAGCGAGGCCAGUCCAGGGCGGCGGCGGCGGCGGCUCGACGGUUCGGGCUCGGGCGCGCCGCGAUCGACGCCCUGCCCACGUUCGCGUACGGCGCCGACGGCAUCGACCUCGAGUCGGGGGGCGGCGCCGCGUGCUCGGUGUGCCUCGAGGAUCUGCGGGCCGGCGAGAUGGCGCGGCGGAUCCCGGCGUGCGGGCACGUGUUCCAUGUCGGGUGCAUCGACAUGUGGCUGCACUCGCACCGGAGCUGCCCUCUCUGCCGGUGCGACCUCUCGCCGCCGAGGAAGGUUGUUGUCAAGGUGCCGGCGGUGGAGAGUGGAACGCCUGCUGAGGGUGCUUUGCCUGCGGUGGCGGCGACGGUGGAACCGCUGGCUGAUGAUCAUGAGGCUUCGCCGCCGGCGGUGACAGUGGAAGCGAAACGGCAUGCUCAUGUUGUACCGACGGUGUAGAUCCUGCGUUUAAGAAAUUUUUAGGCUAGAAAAUGUCAUUUUUCUGCACGUCACCCAUGCACACAGUAGGAUCGUCGCACUUUCGUGUUGUAAAUCUUUUGCAUUCCUCUGUAUUCCGCCUGUAUAAUCUGUAUAUAGUUGCUGAGACUUGAGACUACAGAAAUUAAACAGAUCUUGUGAAUUGGCAACACAUA